AUGUGGUUAGCGUCAUCCCCUAAACUGCCUUCGCUUGCUCAGCGCGUCGACAGCCACAAUGGUCGCAUGGAGCAUUUACGCUAUUCCCCAGAGUACCAGGUGCUGGCGUGCAUCCCCUGCCGGCAUGCUAUCCUGCCUGCCUACCUUGAUCCCUACCUAAAAGGUCACCGUGAGGAGUGGUUAGGUCUUGAGUCGGCCAAGGCAAUCUCUGUGCUCAAGAAACGACUCCAAGAAUUCACUCUAGCGGAUCACUCUCAGCUGAAGAUUCAGAUUCCAUCCCCUUCGUCCUUGGCGUUGCCUGGCCUAAAAGUGGAGGAGAGGCUCGAUUGCACGCAAUGUCGAUUUGUGACUCGCUCUAAGGGUUGGAUGCAAAAAAUGUCCGGACGCAUUAGCCUUCCCCACGACGUCGAGGUCGACCCCCGAAGACUGCCGUCCAUGCUAUGA